AUGGAACAAACUCUCCCAAGACCAAGGAGUAUUUUUGUGGCUCUUGGCACAUAUAGUGAGGGAGAAAUGGAUUCGGCAGAGAUGAAAGCAACUGCUUCAAGUGAAGGAAUGAAGGCCGUUCAAUCAGCCAUAAGGUUGUUUGUGAUGAUGAUUUGUAUUGGUUACACCAUGGAAAAGGCAAAGAAAGUGAAUCCCAAAGUGAUUAAAGGUAGCAAUUUUGGCAGGUGGGAAGCAAAGUUGGAAAGUUCAGCGCUGAUGCUAGGCCUUGUUGGGAAUAUCUGUUUAGCCUUUCUCUUCUUUCCGAUAUCUAGAGGAUCCUCGGUUUUACAACUCACUGGCCUCACGUCUGAGGCAAGCGUCAAGUAUCAUAUCAGGCUAGGCCAUAUCGUAAUGACCCUAUUUACUCAUGGCCUAGGUUAUAUUCUCUUUUGGGCUGAGACACAUCAAAUUUCACAGAUGCUAAAAUGGAACAAGAUCGGUAUUUCAAAUGUGGCUGGAGAAGUAGCUUUGCUGUCAGGAUUAGUCAUGUGGGCAACAACCUUCACACCCCUAAGGCGAAAGAUUUUCGAGAUCUUCUUCUAUACUCAUCAUCUCUACAUUAUCUUUGUUGUCUUCUUUCUGCUUCAUGUGGAAUUCUCCUAUUCUUGCAUCAUGCUACCGGGGUUAUACCUCUUCUUAAUUGAUAGGUACUUGAGAUUCUUACAAUCCCAACAAAGGGUUCGCUUCGUUUCAGCCCGAGUUUUACCAUGUCACGUUGUUGAGUUGAAUUUCUCCAAGAGCCCAGAGUUGAGCCAUACUCCAACAAGCACUAUGUUCAUAAAUGUGCCUAGCAUUUCCAAGCUGCAAUGGCACCCGUUUACCAUCACCUCCAGCAGUAAUAUGGAUCUUGACCACCUAAGUGUCGUAAUCAAAUGUAACGGUAGUCAGUCACAGAAAUUAUAUCAGAAGUUGUCGUCCCCUUCACCUAUGGACCGUAUUGAGGUCUCCAUUGAAGGACCCUAUGGACCUCUUUCAACUCAAUUUCUAAGGCAUGACAUGCUAGUAAUGGUGAGCGGAGGAAGCGGCAUUACUCCCUUUAUCUCAGUCAUUCGUGAGCUCCUCUUUAGGUCCAACACAACAGGUGGCAAGACUCCACGGGUUCUUCUCAUAUGUGCUUUCAAGAAGUCAUCGGAUCUUACCAUGCUAGACCUCUUCCUCCCACUUUCAGACACCAACCUUGACAGUUCUCGCUUGCAAUUACAAACCGAAGCCUAUGUAACAGGAGAGAAAGAACAUGCAACACACAACCAAAAGCUCCUUCAAACCAUUUGGUUCAAACCCAAUUCGUUGGAUGCACCAAUUUCUGCAGUUUUAGGCACAAAUAACUGGCUCUGGCUUGGCGCAAUAAUUUCUGCUUCUUUUAUCAUUUUCCUCCUACUCAUUGGCAUUGUCACACGUUGUUAUAUAUACCCAAUUGACCGUAACUCUGAUAAGAUAUUCUCUUACACUUUGAGGUCUGCUCUAAACAUGUUAUUCAUAUGUGUGUCAAUAGCUGUGACUGCCACUGCAGCUUUUCUUUGCAACAAAAAACAGAAUGAUAAGGAACUGAAGCAAAUUCAGAACGUGGAUAUGCCAACACCAAUGACCUCGCCAAGCUCAUGGUUUCACAAUGUUGAUAAAGAAUUGGACAUCCUUUCCAGUCAGUCUUUUGUCCAAAUCCAAACCACAAAGAUCCACCUUGGUGAAAGGCCAAAUCUGAAAAAAAUGCUAAUGGGGUGUGAAGGAUCAAGCAUUGGAGUUCUUGCUAGUGGCCCAAAAAGAUUAAGACACAAUGUCGCAGCAAUCUGUUCAUCUGGUUUGGCAAAUAACCUACACUUCGACUCUAUUAGCUUUAGCUGGUGAGCUUAAGAAAAGCUUUCAUGGAUUCAAACAAGCCACACUUGGAAAAUGUUAGGCCUAUAGAAUAUUUAGAACUUCUUCAGUUAUAACCUACUAAAAGUAGUACUAUGGAUUAUCGUUUCUUUUUUAAGAUUUGUAAUAAUCUAAACGAUCUUUUGAAUACGAUGUUAGAAAGAU